UGGGCUGCUGGGAACAGGGGCUGGGCCUGGGUCUCUGGACAGCGGCCUGGCCUUUCUGCCACUUCUGGGCCUAUGCCCCACCCCCACCCCACAAGAGAAGCGGGGACAGAAGGUGCUUGCCUGUCGCAUCAGAGGUCUGUGGCACCAUGGCCCAGGCCCUGGGGGAGGACCUGCUGCAGCCUGGGGAGCUGCAGGAUGACUCCAGCUCUUUGGGGUCUGACUCAGAGCUGAGUGGGCCCGGCCCGUAUCGUCAGGCUGACCGCUAUGGCUUCAUUGGGGGCAGCUCAGCAGAGCCAGGGGCAGGGCACCCUCCUGCAGACCUUAUCCGCCAGCGGGAGAUGAAGUGGGUGGAGAUGACCUCACACUGGGAGAAAACCAUGUCUCGGCGGUACAAGAAGGUAAAGAUACAGUGCCGGAAAGGCAUCCCCUCAGCCCUGCGGGCCCGGUGCUGGCCCCUGUUGUGUGGGGCCCACGUGUGUCAGAAGAACAGCCCUGACACUUACAAGGCACUGGCUGAGGCCCCUGGGGAGCCACAGUGGAUGGAGACCAUUGGCAGGGACCUGCACCGCCAGUUCCCUCUGCAUGAGAUGUUUGUGUCACCCCAGGGUCACGGGCAGCAGGGGCUCCUGCAGGUACUCAAGGCCUACACCCUGUAUCGGCCGGAACAGGGCUACUGCCAGGCCCAGGGCCCUGUGGCUGCCGUGCUACUCAUGCAUCUGCCCCCAGAGGAGGCCUUCUGGUGCCUGGUACAGAUCUGCGAGAUUUACCUUCCCGGCUACUACGGGCCCCACAUGGAGGCUGUACGGCUGGACGCCGAGGUGUUCAUGGCCCUGCUGCGGCGGCUGCUCCCGCGUGUACACAAGCACCUGCAGCAGGUGGGCGUCGGGCCCCUGCUCUACCUGCCCGAGUGGUUCCUGUGCCUCUUCGCCCGCUCCCUGCCCUUCCCCACGGUGCUGCGUGUCUGGGAUGCUUUCCUUAGCGAGGGCGUGAAGGUGCUGUUUCGCGUGGGGCUGAUGUUGGUGCGCCUGGCACUGGGCACCACCGAACAGCGCCUGGCCUGCCCGGGGCUCCUGGAGACACUUGGUGCCCUUCGAGCCAUCCCACCCGCCCAGCUGCAGGAGGAGGUCUUCAUGCCCCAGGUGCACAGUGUGGCCCUGUCUGAACAGGACCUGCAGCGGGAGAUCAAGGCCCAGCUGGCCCAGCUGCCCGCGUCGUCAUCUGGGCCACCCCCGAAGCCACAGGCCCGCCUGCCCGGGGCCCAAGCCAUCUUUGAGGCCCAGCAGCUGGCAGGAACCCAGGGAGGCACCCGGCCCGAGGUCCCCCGCAUCGUGGUGCAGCCCCCGGAGGAGGCCAGGCCGCCAAGGCGCAAGCCCCAGACCCGAGGCAAGACUUUCCACGGGCUGCUGACUCGGUCCAGGGGUCCCCCUAUCGAGAGCCCCGCCAGGUCCCAUCGAGCCUCCACCUCCUUGGACACCCGAUUCUGAAGGUCCCACUUCUGAGGGUACCAUGGACUCAGUGUCCCCCAACCCCAAUUGCCUGAACAGUGGAUACCAGCCUCGAAGGGGGCACCAUGCUUUACCGCUGGGAUGGAUGCCUCAGCCUCCUUCCCGUGGACUGUGUCAGGCACCAGGAUGAAGGAAGGUCACAGAGGGAGGUUUCGGGGACUCAGGACUGUCAUCUGCCCAGGGAGCUGUCCUGGUGCCUGGACCCUUGCGAGCGUCAAGCUGGUGCCAAAGGAGCAUGGGGGUAAGGGCACAGGCUGGGCUUAGGGGUCCCCAGAAGGCUCCUGGGGAGGCCUGGAAUAAAGUCUGAGCAGAAGCCUGUAUGCAGUUGGAUGGAGUGCCUCCAGCCCCAGCCCUGGACCAGCUGCCCCUUCCCCUCCGGCCCUCACUCCCCUCACAGCCCCGCCCCUCCUAGCCCAGCCCUGCCUCCCCAGGGCACACUAAGGCUGCUCAUUGGCUGCUGCAAGGUGUUUACCAGCAAAAAGGAACCAAUGGUAAGCCGCGGUGCCCAGACUCUUGGGGGCAGGUAAGGCUCCUGUACCUGGGGGAGGAAGGCUCACCAAGUGGAUGUUGGCCCCAGAAGUGGGACUCUGUCCCCUCUUCUGCUUCCUCCCCUGUUGGUUCAAGAUCACCCCCCACCCCGGGGUGGGGACACUCUAACCCAAGUCCACCCCCCACCCAAGGUCCUGGUCCCGUCCUCAGAGAGAGCCGGCUGAGAACAAAGGCCUAGUGUACCCAGACAAAGGAGAAAGGGCCUGCCGGCCCUUGCCCCCCCCA